AUGGAUCCAAGAAGUCCAAUUGUUCUGGAUCAAGGUACAGGUUUCGUCAAAAUUGGUCGAGCCGGGGAAAAUUUCCCCGACUAUACAUUUCCUUCAAUUGUAGGAAGACCGAUUUUGAGGGCUGAAGAGCGUGCGAAUGUAAGCACACCUUUAAAGGAUGUUAUGAUUGGUGACGAAGCCAGUGCAGUCCGUUCAUACUUGCAAAUAUCAUACCCGAUGGAGAACGGGAUAAUAAAAAAUUGGGCCGACAUGGAACUUCUUUGGGAUUACGCAUUUUACGACCAAAUGAAGCUUCCUUCGUUAUCGGGAGGCAAAGUACUGCUUACGGAGCCACCCAUGAACCCUGUCAAAAAUAGGGAACAAAUGUGUGAGGUAAUGUUUGAAAAGUACGAUUUUGGAGGCGUCUACGUGGCAAUUCAGGCUGUGCUUGCCCUUUAUGCCCAAGGCCUAUCAUCCGGUGUGGUUGUUGAUUCCGGUGACGGUGUCACGCACAUUGUGCCAGUGUACGAAUCGGUGGUCCUCAAUCAUCUAACUAGAAGACUAGAUGUGGCCGGACGAGACGUUACGAGACAUUUGAUAGAUCUUCUUUCUCGCAGAGGUUACGCAUUCAACAGAAGUGCUGAUUUUGAGACAGUCCGUCAAAUCAAAGAAAAAUUAAGUUAUGUGUCAUACGAUCUGGAUCUAGAUACUAAGCUGGCCAGAGAAACAACAACGUUGGUCGAAAAUUACGAAUUACCUGAUGGAAGGGUCAUAAAAGUAGGGUCUGAAAGAUUCGAGGCACCUGAAUGUUUAUUUCAACCAAAUUUGGUUGAUGUAGAGCAGCCUGGUGUCGGAGAAAUGUUGUUCAACACAAUCCAAGCUGCUGACGUCGACAUCAGAAGCGCACUCUACAGAGCCAUAGUUCUUUCGGGGGGUUCAAGUAUGUACCCGGGAUUACCAUCAAGGUUAGAAAAAGAACUAAAACAACUCUGGUUCACAAGAGUUCUCCGCAACGACCCAUCCAGGUUAGAAAAGUUCAAAGUGAGAAUAGAAGAUCCUCCCAGAAGAAAGCAUAUGGUGUUCAUCGGUGGUGCAGUUCUCGCGAACAUCAUGGCCGAUAAAGAUCACAUGUGGUUAACGAAACAAGAGUGGCAAGAAAUGGGCCCCGCUGCCAUGUCAAAAUUCGGUCCAAGAUAG